AUGGACCUUGUCCCCACUCUGAGCGCCAGGUUGUUGAUCCAGCUAUGGAGGCAGCUGCAGGUAGGAGCUGGAGGAGCCCCCGGAGGAGACCUCAAGACCUCAGCAGCCAGGGGUGGCCGGAGGCUGAGGCCUAGGGACCAGGGCACACGAUGUUGGGGCCUGGAGCCCCGGGACGCAGCCUGGAGGAAGUUUGAGUUUAACCCAAAGCUGGGCAUUGAUAAUCCUGUCCUGUCCCUGGCGGAAGACCGUGGCCCCUCUGGGGCGCCCGCCGGGCCGCUCCACCCUCGCCCACCCUCCCUCCAGGUGGCGCGCCGCAUCCGGGCCAGCGGCCCUCGGGUGCUGCUGGCGGUGGUGGCGGGGCCGGCGCUCGACGCGGCCCGAGCCCGGCAGGGCGACGGCGCCCUUCUCUGUCCCACCCUCGGCCCCGAGGUCCGGCCCCGGCUGUGCCACAUCGUGAGAGACGAGGGUGGCUUUGGCUUCAGCGUCACCCACGAACAUAAAGGCUCUUUCUGGUUGGUGCUGAGUCCUGGAGGAGCCGCCGAGCGGGCAGGGGUGCCCCCGGGGGCCCGGCUGCUGGAGGUGAACGGGGUCGGCGUGGAGACGCUCACUCACAGCCAGCUCAGCAGGCGGCUUUGGCAGAGUGGCGAGCAGGUGACGCUGCUGGUGGCAGGGCCGGAGGUGGAGGAGCAGUGUCGCCAGCGGGGAAUGCCCCUGGCCGCACCCCUGGCAGAGGGCUGGGCCCUGCCCGCCAGGCCCCGCUGUCUGCACCUGGAGAAAGGGCCCCAGGGCUUCGGGUUCUUGCUCCGGGAGGAGAAGGGCCUUGGUGGUCGCCUCGGGCAGUUCCUGUGGGAGGUGGACCCAGGGCUGCCGGCCGACAAGGCUGGGAUGCAGGCUGGGGACCGGCUGGUGGCCGUGGCCGGGGAGAGCGUGGAGGGGCUGGGCCACGAGGAGACGGUGUCCAGGAUCCGAGCUCAGGGCUCCCGCGUGGCCCUCACUGUCGUGGACCCCGAGGCUGACCGCUUCUUCAGAAUGGUGCGCUUGUCCCCGCUGCUCUUCCUGGAGAGCGCAGAGGCCCCCGCCUCGCCCCAGAGCACCCGCUCCGCCUCCGGGGCUGAGACCGAGGACCCCCCAGGUGCAGACACAGCCCUGCCUCGUGCCCCGCGUGGCUCCCGCCAGUGCUGCUUGUACCCCGGGCCUGGCGGCGGCUAUGGCUUCCGCCUCAGCUACGUGGCCAGCGGGCCUCGCCUCUCCAUCUCCCAGGUGACUCCAGGGGGCUCGGCUGCCCGGGCGGGGCUGCAGCAGGGCGAUGAGAUUCUGGAGGUGAACGGGCGCCCUGUGGACGGAGAGGACGACGUGGACAGGCUCCACCAGCUGGCCGAGGCCGAGCCACCGCUGUGCCUGAAGCUGGGGGCCAGGUCUCCGCGGGGCUGGAGUGGGCUGUAGCCUCGAAUCUGCCGGAGCGCUCCCCUCCUCGGCCCAGGCCAGGCCAGCAGCUUCCCUGCCUUCCGGCUCCAGCGGGGCGGGCGGGAACUGGAGCUCUGGACGCUGGAAAGUCACAGGUUGCCCAGCCUCCCUGCCUGCCCAGCCCGCCUCCCAGAGGAGGGUGUGGUCAGGGACCUCCGGUGGCCCACCCCACUGCUCCCCUCGGACUCCAGAGGAAGCCAUGCGGAACCGUGGACGCUGUGCCCCGGGAUGAAGUUCUGCCUGCGAUGAGUGGUGUGAUUUUGCGAUUUGUAAAACAAAAUACAUAUUUGGUCUUCAGACGCAUUCCUGGCACAGAGCUCCUACAACCCUUGGAAUUUCCUCGGCAAUUAGAGCAACCAAGGGGUCUUUUGUGAUUCAUAAAGUGCUUCUUGCAACCUAAUUUUGUUAAUGAGGUGACUUUUGGAAGCCUCUAAGGAUGGGGAGGGAAUGGUUGCCAGGGGAACCAAUGGGGUUGAAACUUUCUGCCCUACCCCCCUCCUCACCCUCCCUCCUGGGCUCUUGGGAGGGGAGAGGGGCUGGAGCGUUAAUGAACCCCCGGUGAUGUCAUCAGUCAUGCUGCUGUGAUGAAGCCUCCAUAAAAACCCAGAACACGUGGAGGUGCCGGGAGGGGAGGGGGCGUCCAUGGCCAGGGCAGGCACUCUCAUGCUCACGCCCGCUCCAGGCGUCUCUACCUUCCGGCUGUUUCUGAAUUGUACCCUGUAUAAUAAACUGGUAAUCGAGUAA